GUCCAAGGGUACAUUCGUCAAAUCAAUCAAUACCCUCGUUACUCCAUCCACUCGUCAGCUCCUCAAAUUCCCAAGCCCUAGCACCUCUUGCGCCCUUCGCCUCUUCUUCUUCAUCAGUUUCUCUCUCACACAGUCACACACUCUCAAUUCAGACUGAAAAAAUGUCGCACUUCGGGAGAUCGGGCCCUCCGGACAUCAGAGAUACCUAUUCUCUCCUCGUCCUUAACAUCACUUUCCGUACCACCGCCGAUGAUUUGUUCCCGCUCUUCGAUAAGUAUGGCAAAGUCGUUGACGUGUUCAUCCCCCGCGACCGCAGGACUGGUGAUUCAAGAGGAUUUGCUUUUGUGCGAUACAAGUACCAGGAUGAAGCACAGAAGGCAGUUGAAAAGCUUGAUGGAAGAGUUGUUGAUGGAAGGGAGAUAAUGGUUCAAUUCGCAAAAUAUGGUCCAAAUGCUGAACGAAUUCACAAAGGAAAAAUAAUGGAACCAGUUUACAAGUCAAAAGGAAGGUCAAGAAGUCGCAGCCCUCGGCCAAGGUACAGGGAUGAUUACAAGGAUAGGGAUCAUCAUAGAAGAAGCCGUAGUAGAAGCAGAGGAAAGGAUCGUGAGGGUCGUCGUGGCAGGGAUAGAGAUUAUCGUCACCGAAGCAGAAGCCGCAGUGGGAGCCCUGAUUACCACAAAGACCGUGGAAGGGGCAGAUAUGAUGAUGAUAGACGCAGUCGAAGUCGGUCUUAUGGAAGUGCCUCCCCUGCUCGGCGCAGUGCAAGUCCUAGGAGGAGCCAAUCUCCCCGCAGAACCCCCCCUUCUCGUGGUGCAAGUCCUGAUGCAGUUAAACAGAAAGAUCGUUCACCAACCUCAAAAAGUCUGUCACCGCGUGGUCGACGUGCUGAUUCCCGAAGCCGAUCUCCGCACUCUGAUGCUGAUGAUUGAGUGGGCAGGAUACCAUCUCAUGGAUCUUCAGAGUGAAGCUUGGUGCAGCGCUUGUCUUGAGGAGACCAUUUCUGAUAUUCAUGUUAUGAAUGUGUAGACCUUGAUAGAACUUAAUUGGCCGAACUGGUUAUGAGGUUUAGCUCUUUUCGUCGUUGUACUUGCGCUUUCUUUAUAUCUAGUUUGAUGCUAGUUUCUGCACUAUGGUUUGUGUGGAUUUGGUAAAUUGUCGAUUUUGGUGAACAUAUUGACUGAUGUGACCACUAUUACUCAAUUUUUUACUCAUGAUGGACCUCUACUGGCCUUCUAUAGUUGUGUUCGUGAAGAGUAAAUGUGGCUGAUUGGCAAGAUGAUGCAGCAGCUGUAGAUGCUGUUUGUGUGAUGCAGCAGCUGUUGAUGCUGUUUGUAUGAUGCAGCAGCUGUAGAUGCUGUUUGUAUGAUGCAGCAGCUGUUGUUGCUGUUUUUAUGAUGCAGCUGUAGAUGCUGUUUGUGUGAUGCAGCAGCUGUUGAUGCUGUUUUUACUUGCUGUUGGUUAUUUUAUUUUGUUGCUGGUGACAAACUUCAGUUUCUUUACAAAUUUCUGACCCUGUCAUGAUUGAAUCUUUGAUGUGAUCAAUUAGAAGAUGGUUCGAGCGCCUGCUUUAUUAAGUGUAGCUGGUGCAGUUGAUUCAGGAACCAGGGUCCAGUAAUGUUGAUAAUUUGCUAGAUGGAGUUUGACAUAUAAAACCAUAGUCUGGACUUGGAGGAUGACGUUUGGUCUAUUGCUUCUGCUGGUUUUAAAUUUAGCUUUUACCACAUUUGCCAAAACUAGGUGGGAAGAACGUGCAACAUGCAAGUGUUUAUCCUUCUGAUAUGUAUUAAUCUAAUAUUACUUUUUAACAUUUGUUCAAACUAAUAGAAUUUUAAUCAUGUGAA